GGCCCAGCUCCGUCUCUGCUGUUCACAUCAAAAAACCAGAAGAGCGAGAGAGAGAGAGAGAGAGAGAGUCUGAAGGGAAGGGAAAAUCGGAACCAAUCCCAGCUCGCAAUCGGAGCUCGCCCGAGUUAAUCGGAGCCGGCACUGAUCGAUCAUCCGGUAUUCGGCACCGGACCUCCGAUAAUCGCGCCGGCGGUUUGGGGGUGGGGGAGUGCUGGUCUGUGUUUUCGUCUGUGUGUGUGAAUGUUUAUUAACCCCGGGGAGCGAGACUGGAUUUUGUUUGAAGUCAUGUGAGGAAUCUCCCAUGUGGGUUUGUCCAUUGGGAGGGGGGGGAAGAGGUUUCAGGGGGAUUCCGGUGCGAUUGUUGAGUGUUGAUCAAUUAGGGCAUGUGAGGAAUCGCCGGAGUGAUGCUGGAUUUCAGGGAAGUCGGACUAGGGUUAGGGUUUUGCAGGGGUUAAGGGGUUGUUUGGGUCUCUAGGGUUCGUGGUUGUUGCGGUUAUGGAGGAGAAUAAUAGCACCGAGCUUGAAGAAGGCGAGGCUUGCUGUUACAGGGAGGAAGAAGGCAGCAGCAGCAACUUUGACCCUGAUAUUGCCCUCUCUUACAUUGAUGGGAAGAUUCAAAACAUUCUGGGUCAUUUCCAGAGAAAUUUUGAAGGUCUUCUCUCUGCAGAGACUUUGGGGCCAGCAUUUGGUGAUUACGGUUCAUUUUUACCUACCUAUGAACGGUCGCCUUUGUCUCGUCAAAAGAGCCCCGAAAGAAGCAAUGUCUCGACUAAAUCUCGGAACAACAUACCUUCUGCGGGUUUGAUGUCACGGAUCUUGCAAGCUCCUGCAACUGCACUGCCUUCUUCAAGGCUUAAAAAUGCCCAGAGUAAUGCAGAUAAUUUGCAAGAUAAAAAGUUCCCUAGUGGGAAUCUUUCUGUCAAACAAGUGAAGCAAGAGCCAAGUUCCUCUUCUGAUCCAGUUGCUGAGAAUCCCACCAAAGGUGGAGCUUUAAUUAUGUCUGGCAACAGGACUAACCUGAGAACACUGAAGGUUCGCAUCAAAAUGGGUUCUGAUAAGAUCGCCAAGGUGAAUGCAGCACUUUACAGUGGCCUAGGUCUUGAAGGCUCGCCAUCCACAUCAUUGGGUAGCAGUUCUCAGGAAAGUGGCGGAUUCCCAUCACUGUCUGCGGGAGCCACUGAUGAAUCUCCUGGCAGCAUUCUUCAGGCUAUGACUUCUUUCCCUGUUGCUUGUUCUGAGCUUAUAUCUCCUCUUCACGAGAGUCUUAUUUCCUUGGUAAAGGAAGGAGUAUUUGCCAAGGAUAAUAAACCUGCAGAUAAUAUUAAAGUCAGUCCAGGACAGAAUACUGAGCCAGUGGAUCAGUUAGUUCCCAAGCAGGGCGAUGCUGUGCUGUCAAAGGUGAAGAAAAUAAAAUCAGAGACUAGAAAGGAAAAAGCAGUGGAGAUGAACAAAGGAAAUGCUGUGAUUGUUGAUAAUAAAACGUCAUUUCCAGGGAAGAAAAAAAUUAACAAUGAGAUGCUGGAUGGUGAGGCUAGUCUGCGUUAUAACUUGGAAAAAGCAUCUUUGUCUAACACAGGCGAUGCUGGUGGGGAACCCAGAAAGAUGGCUGCUAAAGCAUCUGAAGUCUUUCAGGAGGCCAAUAGGGUUAAGGUGACAAGGAAACUUAAAUCAGAGUCUUUGAGGGAAUCACCAUUGAAGCCAAUAUCUGGCCCUGAUUAUGGUUUGGAGAUGGAAAAAAGGCAGAGGAGUCCGGUUGUGAAGUCUGGAGAACAUGGGGUUUCAAGCUCCCAGGGUGCUAAUGGUCAAUUUGCUCCAACAGAAAAUGGCAAAUGGAAAGAGGACAAAGUUUCUGUGCUCCCAAAAGACAGACAGCAUGUAGCCAAAAAUGAGGAAGAUUUUGUUGCUGGGGAAGUUGAUUCUUUGAAAUGGAAAGCCGGUCAUGAAGCUCCAUGUCAUGAGCACAGUGACACUGGUGUUCCUUUCCGGGAUGAAAAACAAUUAAUUGGAGGGCAAAAGAGGUCAACGGGCAGCGGAUUAGAGGACAAAAUUGUUCUUUCAGGUAAAGAUCGAUUGAGAAUUGUUGCAGGUCUUCCAGGGAAAGAUAAGAAGGGACCUAGUCAUGAUAUCCCUCCUACGAAAAAGAAGGGGCUGAAGCUAACGUCUAGGAAGCAUAUUAAUAAACUCGGUAAACAGGUAGAUGCUUUGGAGAGCUUUAAUGGGGAACAGAAACAUGUUGGGGCACCUUCAGCUGGAAGGAGGAAGGAUGCUAGCUCCACCUAUCUUGGGGUAGAUAAUGAUGAUGUUAUAAAUAAUCCAAGGGAAAUCAAGACCAAUGGAGUUACUAACAGCUCAUUUUCUAGGGCACCUGCAAAAGGUGCUGUAGGCGUCAUCCCUGGUGCUCCCAUUGCUGAGAUGGUCCCAGCUGCACCUUCACUAUUAGAUAAUUGGGUUUGUUGUGAUCUCUGUGAGAAAUGGCGUCUUCUGCCAAAUGGUAGAAAACCAGAGGACCUUCCCAAAAGGUGGAUGUGUAGCAUGCUAGAUUGGCUGCCUCGAAUGAACAGUUGUGACAUUCACGAGGAUGUGACUACAGGGAUGAUGCGCAGUCUGAUUCUAUAUCCAGGUGUUGGAAGUCAGGAUCAGGCUAAUGGAUCCGCACUUGGAGUCACUUCCAAUGUUCAGAAUCUAGGGCAAAAUCCACAAAAUGUGAGCACUAUUGAGACAGAUGGCGGGGGGACGAGUAAGCUGGGUCCUAAGGAAAUGCUAAAGAAGCUCAAGGCCGAACCUGUCAAAAGAAGAAGCUUGAAUAACAUGAAUCAAUCUCCUGCUGAACUGAAUUCAUUGAGAAGAUGUAAUUUGUCUGAAAGCAAGUCACAAGACUUGGCUUUGGGCGAAAAUAUGCUGAAGCAGAAAGAGAAGAACCUGAAUAGAGGUGAUAUGAAGUUGAUCAAAGAGAAGAGCAAGAGGAAAUCUGAUCAAUUUGACCUUGAGACCACCAAAAGGGCUAGAAGAGAAGAAAUCAAUAAUGGUGCUAAACAUGGAAAUGCCGACACCGAAGUUUGCAGAACAGGCCUCAGCUCGGGGAAGCCCAAAUUGACUCUUGUAAAGGGUAAGGGUCAUUUCGAUGAAUGCAGCUCUCCUGAGGAAGUGAAUCAUGGUCAUGGGGGCAGAUUAAUAGUCUCUGUUAAGAAUCUCAGCAAUCAAGCUCAGUUCUCAACAGAUAGCCCUUCAGUGAAUUUGAAAAAUGUUGUAAAAGGGAGCAGCUCAUUGAAGAAAAGGAAACUGAAGGGAUCUCAGGACGAUCAGAUUGACGGCGGGCCAUAUCAUCAUUCCGCAGAGGAUAGUAAGUUAAUAACAAAGGAGGAGACUGGUGAAUAUAUGAUAAAAAAAGAAAACAAGUCUAGGGUUCAGGAAGCUGUGAUAAGAGACUCUAGUAGCAAAGAUGGCAACAGCAGGUCAGGGAAAGACGGUAAGGCAAUCAGGGAAUUUUCCUCUGGGAUUAGAAAUCAUUUUACUGAUGAUGUGGAAGAAGACCGGCAUCCCAGCAAAAGUAGGAAAAAAUUGGCCCCUAAACAGGCUACUUCGAGUUCUUCAAAGGUAUCGGGCUCCCAGAAAUCGAGAGUGAAUUAUGAGGUGCAAAGUUCACCUGUGGAAUCUGUUUCCUCCUCUCCCUUGAGGGUCACCAGACCUGAUAAUCUAACUCAACGGAAUGCUGUGAAUAGAAUUCUGCCGGUUGUGGAUAAUGUCAGCAAAGGCUCUCAUGAUAAAGUCAGUGGUGGGAAUAAGCUGUCUGGGGCUGUUAUGGAUAAAGGCCUCUUACAAAGAGAGGCUAGACCAUCUUCUGGAUUUGAGAAUGGCAAUAUUCUUGAUGGAACUACUGAUUAUCUACAGCAUGGUGAUUUCCCUGUGAGUCAUACUUCUCAUGACAAUGGUGUAUAUGCAGAGCAAUCUGGGAAUGCUCUGCGCCAGCGGAAAAAGGGAGACCUGUCUUCUUUAGCAUCUAAUGGUAAGGGCAGAAGCUCUGCAUCUGAUUCUGAUAGAGACAAGGUAAAGGCUCUUGAGACAGCUGGUAAAGAGGAAGCAGAACAUCUAAAAAAGGGGCAAGGACAUGAAUCUUUAGCGAAAGCUCCUCCCUUUGGCCAAGUUCGGAGUCAAGUGCAUCCUGACCCGGCUCAGAAGAACGAAAAGAAUCACACAAGGAGGGAUCUGUCCAAACAAAAUAAGCAUGUUGAGUCACAUGGGAGAACAGGCAAUCAUUAUAGUGAUUUUGGUCUUGAAUCUCCAAGUGAGAAUACUUGUUCCGAUUCUAAUCGUCGAAUGGGAGCUGCUCCUGUGUCAGUAGAAUCCAGAAGUGGGAAGGAGAAGUUGCUCUCACAUCUGGAGGAGGAAGGUAAGCAAGGGACACCUAGUCGGGGUUCUCAGCUUGUAGGGCCAAGGAUUACAUGCAAUGGGCUCCCAGUGGAUGCUGCAAGCAAUGGUGAACUAUUAAAAAGAAACAAAAGGAACGGCGUCUCCAAUUGUUUGGAACGUCUCACAUCUGAAAUGCAUGAUGCAAAAGAUACGCUAUCAUCCAGUCCAUCAAGAGCUAAUCAAUCUGUUCAAACAGCUUUUACUGUACUGAAGGAAGCAGAGAAACUCAGAGACUUUGCAGAUCGUCUGAAGGGAACUAAAUUUGGCUUUGAAGGUAAUGAGUCAUGUUUCACAGCUGCUCUGAAGUUCCUUGAGGGAGCUUCAUUACUAGAAACUGGCAAUGUUGAAAGUAGCAAGCAGCGGGAGAUGACUCCUAUGCAGGUGUACAGUACAGCUGCAAAACUCUGCGAAUCCUGCGCCACUGAAUUUGAAAGAUGCCAAGAAUUGGCUUCUGCUGCUUUGGCCUACAAAUGCAUGGAGGUGGCAUAUAUGAGGGUAGUGUAUUGCAAAUAUGCUAGCCUAAACAGAGAUCGGCAUGAGUUGCAAGCAACUCUACAUCAAGGUGAAUCUCCAUCUUCUUCAGCAUCAGACAUUGAUAACUUGAAUAACCAAGCAGUAGCAGAUAGGUCUAAUCUGUCAAAAGGAGCUGGUUCUCAUGCUGUUGGAAAUCAUAUUGUUGUUGCUCGUAAUCGCCCGAGCUUUGUGCGACUUCUUGACUUUACACAUGAUGUUCAUCUCGCGAUGGAAGCCUCGAGAAAGUCCCAGGAUGUUUGCACAGCCGCUAGUGCAACCAUGGAAGAGUCCCAAAAUAAGGAACAUAUAAUAACCUCCUUAAGAAAGGUUAUUGAUUUCAGUUUCCAAGACAUAGAUGGACUACUACGUCUCAUGCAGCUGGCAAGGGAGGCCAUAAGUAGGCCGGGUUUCAGCAAUGCUAAAGAAUAAGUCGACCCCUCUGUAUAUAUCAUGUGUUUGCUCUGAUUUAUUAGCCCUUCCCCCUGUGAGCAAAGGAUAAGAAGUGGGGGAAGCAUAAUUAGUAAUCGCCCAGUGAGAUUAAUCAUGCUUAGGAAGGUCAUCAGUAGCUACCUUUCUGUACAUCUGUACAAAGUGAGAUGAAUUGCUGAUUUUGUACUUUUACUUUUUGCUCAUCGGCUAUUUUUUGAUGUGGGGUAGAGGCUCAUGAACUCUCACACCCAUGGGGUCGAGACACGGGGGGUGGGUUUCUUGGACUUUUUGGAGGUAUAGAUAGGAAUUUUUGUAAUAUUACUGUUUUAUGAUUCUUUUGGCUCUCUAGUAAAAUGAGAGCAGAAGCGAACAUCUUCUAGUAAUCAGAACCAUUAAGUCAACCAUUUUCAGGAGGUUGACUGCUUUAUAUAGUGAACAAUUUUGACUGUGAUAAGUGCUGACCGGUGGAUAUUUUCCCAGCCCUUCCUUAUGGUACAAAUUAUUCUUCUUGAUAGAAGAUAUCUGUACAUAUUUAGCACACCCUUGAGCUUUGGUCUUGGUCGCUCGUGCCAGCUUUUCUAAUCUCUCGAGCUGUGGGAGAGCUAAAUGUUCUUUUGGGUCCACAAAGGAGAAGGCUCAGCUCAGUGGGAUUGCCACUUCUUGGAGAACUAAAACAUUUUUAAAGAUAAUGGCAAAAGUUGUCCAUAACAAUUUCUCUAUGAUGAGGAAGGAAUGGAGACCGAAUCCUAAAGGUGAAGUUUGAAGACUGCAAGAUGGAAUCUUCGGCAGUUGGGUGACGUUGUGUUCUGGUCGUACUGAGGUUUAUAAACACUCCUUGCGUCUGUGACUCCUCUUUGAAAAUGUUAGGAUCACAAUACUUGAGAAACUCAAGACAGAUCCUAUGUUUCAUCGUGCAAUUGUUGGGGCUACCACAUUUAGGGCUGUGUUGUGUAUGUUCGGCAGAAAUUGCAGAAUGUGAGAAUGAGUUGAGCAAGAGGCAGUUAAUUUAUGACACUGAUCUUCCGGAGGGUAUAUUGCACAUUGUACAAGAAUUUUUUAUCUUUGAUCUGCCCACGGUGUGUGCAAACUUGGUCUUCCAGAGGAUGGAUGCCACAUUGUACAAAAAGUUAUGAUCUUUGAUCUGCC